AUGCCAAUUGUGAACGUAAAAUGGCAAAAGGAGAAGUAUGUGGUCGAGGUGGACACCAGUGUUCCACCAAACGUUUUCAAAACGCAGCUCUUCACGCUCACUCAAGUGCUCCCUGAGCGACAGAAAGUCGUGGUGGCCGGCCGAACUCUCGGAGAUGAGACAUGGGAAGGCAUCAAUGUCAAGGAAAACAUGAUGAUCAUGAUGAUGGGAUCGUGAGUUCGAAUUUUAAUAUUUUCAUGCGAAAAACAACGCAUUUAGGACCGGCGAUAUCCCGAAGGCACCUACGGUUCUCGAGGCGAAAAAGCAACACAGAGAGGAGCAAGCUGAAGAGAUUGCUAAUCUGUACCCGUGCGGACUCGCGAACCUUGGAAACACUUGUUAUUUCAACUCCUGUGUGCAGGUGCUGAAAGAGCUCAACGAGUUAGUUCUGAAGCCGGCCGAGGAGUUUAAGAUUCGUGAGCAGAACGACCGUCUCUGUCACAAUAUCAGCCAACUGCUCAAUACGCUCCGAAACAAGGACGAAGCACUUCGCAACAAGGGAGAUGCUAUCAAGCCGUUCGCCUCUGUCAUGGUAACGAUUUUUCGCUUGUAGUUUCCUGAACUCAUAUUCAACUUCGAAUUUAUUCAGAGCCUCUCCGAUUCGUACCCGCAGUUCGAAAAGUUCAAGCAGCAGGACGCAAACGAAUGUUUUGUCGCCAUCCUCAACAAUAUCACUAGAUAUUACGGAUUGGCCGGGUAUCCGAUCGAAAAAUUAUUCAAAGUGAACACGGAAACGACGGCCAAGUGCCUUGAGUCGGAUGACGUUGCCGAGAAGAAAACGGAGUCGCACAAUCAGCUCACGUGCUACGUCAACCAGGACGUCCGAUUUCUGCAGACGGGAGUGAAGGCUGGAUUUGAAGAGGAAAUGACUCGGCACAGUGAGACGCUCGGCCGUGAUGCUAAAUGGCAAAAGCACACGCAGAUCUCACGCCUUCCGAAGUAUCUCACCUUCAACAUCAACCGGUUCUUUUUCAAAGAGUCUUCGAAGACUAAUGCCAAGAUCCUGAAGUCUAUUCAGUUCCCGCUGGCUCUCGACACAUACGACUUGUGCACCCAAGAGCUCAAGGACAAGCUGACGAUCCAUCGUGCUGAUAUCAAGGCGGAAGAGGACGCCAAGCUCGAAAGAGAGCUGCGGAAAAAAGUGCUCGACAAGGAGCAGGGUGAGAAGAUCUUCGACGACGGAGUCGCUCUGCCAACGGAGUUUGAAGAUGACCCGGGAUCGAACAACUCCGGGUUUUACGAGUUGAGAGUGGGUUUCUUGUCUCUAUUCGGGCCAUAACAUGUUUAUAUCAGGGCAUCAUCACUCACAAGGGACGCUCAUCGCAGGAUGGCCACUACGUGGCCUGGAUUCGUUCGACGGAGGACAACAAGUGGCGAUUGUUCGACGAUGAGAACGUGACUCUCGUCGACGAGGAGGCUGUCCUGAAGACGUCUGGCGGAGGAGACUGGCACAGCGCCUACGUCCUGCUCUACGAGGCCCGCGUCAUCAAGAAGUAUCCGGAGCUGCCGCCGGCGCCAGUGCCUUCUGAGGCCGCUGCCACUGUCGAGGAGCCGAUGGAGGUGUAA